GUGGCUUGCCAUCUCCUCGCACAAGACACGCCGUCAUCCCAUCAGAGCCAAUCCCUAUGAUUGCGCAAUACCCAAAUCCUGCAGAUGGGGAUAUUGUGCGCCUCAGCCACUCGUGGCGCAGCCCUUCUCGACACGAGACCACCCCCAGUGGUCACCCUCGGCGCCUCACUCGACAUCAGAUCCGGUAGGCGGAAUUCUAUUAUAAUUUGCGCCCGUGGUGGACGGCCCAUACAUCUUGGACAUUUGCGUUUUGAUGUGUUGGUGGAUGGAAUUCCACCGGUCAUGACACUGCGAGACGCCUUGAGAAAGAUCUUCCGUCACAGCAAAAAAGAGGAGCAUCAGGAAGAAUUGAUAACCCAGAAUGUGCGGUCCAGAUAUUUUUCUGAGACCAAGCUGGUUCAGCUUAUGGAGGACUUGUUUGGGAAAGGGAAUUUCAGAGUCCGGAUGCAGAACGAUCAAUGGAUUUUCGACGUACCGCGAGAGGUGACAGAUGAAGAACUAAAACGAGCGAAAGGAUAGCUGCAUUAGGCUGUGGAGGCAGAGCAUCAGGGGGAGGUGGGAGAGAGGGGUG